GUCGCAUUAACGCGGUGAUGUGUGCCCUGAACAGUCUGAUGCCCAUGAUGGGCUACGCCGUCUACUCUCCUCUCUACUACAACACUGUCGACACCUUCCCCGCUGCCCAGUUCUUCUUUGCUGCCAGUCUCAACGUCAUCAUCAUGGUCACUUUCAUAUUGUUGCAAUUGAUGAAUCACGAUACAUCAGACGACACCAAGGACGUGGAGGUCGGACCCAAGAACGAAAGCAUCUAUGGUCUCCAAAAGAAAUUUUCUGAUGUCUCCGUGAAGUCAAAUGGCCAUGGAGAAACGAGACUCCGUCGUCACAGCACCCAGGAGCCCUCCACACCAAGCCAGCUCUCCAACCCAAGAACUAACUCCAAGGAAAACACUCCUAGCUUGAGAUCCUUAACACAAACUCACAACUCUCCUUCUGAGAGACACUCACAGGCUCCAGCUGUCAGCGGGACUCGAGCAGCUACAGGAAUCAUUGCUGUUUGUAAACACUCUCAGUCUCCUGAGUCGUCAACAGUGUCGGCUGACAAUCUCCCGGGUACAGUGGCCCGGAGGGACACGGACCGUCACGAGAACCAGGCAACCGGAUGCUACUCCAGCAAGUUCAGUGAUGCUGAGAUCACUGCAUCAGAGGGCACUGUAGAGUCUCCCUUGGAUAGUAAGACUCCGAGGUACUCUAGCUAGUAAGGCUCCAAGGGACUCUUGAAUAGUAAGGCUCCAAGGGACUCUUGGAUAGUAAGGCUCCAAGGGACUCUUGGAUAGUAAGGCUCCAAGGGACUCUAGCUGGUAAGGCUCCAAGGGACUCUUGGAUAGUAAGGCUCCAAGGGACUCUAGCUGGUAAGGCUCCAAGGGACUCUUGGAUAGUAAGGCUCCAAGGGACUCUAGCUGGUAAGGCUCCAAGGGACUCUUGGAUAGUAAGGCUCCAAGGGACUCUUGGAUAGUAAGGCUCCAAAGGGACUCUUGGAUAGUAAAGCUCCAAGGAACUCUUGGAUAGUAAGGCUCCAAGGGACUCUUGGAUAGUAAGGCUCCAAGGGACUCUUGAUAGUAAGGCUCCAAGGGACUCUUGGAUAGUAAAGCUCCAAGGGACUCUUGGAUAGUAAGGCUCCAAGGGACUCUAGCUAGUAAGGCUCCAAGGGACUCUUCAAUAGUAAGGCUCCAAGGGACUCUUGGAUAGUAAGGCUCCAAGGGACUCUUGAUAGUAAGGCUCCAAGGGACUCUUGGAUAGUAAGGCUCCAAGGGACUCUUGGAUAGUAAGGCUCCAAGGGACUCUAGCUAGUAAGGCUCCAAGGGACACUUCAAUAGUAAGGCUCCAAGGGACUCUUGGAUAGUAAGGCUCCAAGGGACUCUUGGAUAGUGAGGCUCCAAGGGACUCUUGGAUAGUAAGGCUCCAAGGGACUCUUGAUAGUAAGGCUCCAAGGGACUCUUGGAUAGUAAGGCUCCAAGGGACUCUUGGAUAGUAAGGCUCCAAGGUACUCUUGAUAGUAAGGCUCCAAGGGACUCUUGGAUAGUAAGGCUCCAAGGGACUCUUGAUAGUAAGGCUCCAAGGGACUCUUGGAUAGUAAGGCUUCAAGGGACUCUUGAUAGUAAGGCUCCAAGGGACUCUUGAUAGUAAGGCUCCAAGGGACUCUUGGAUAAUAAGGCUCCAAGGGACUCUUGGAUAAUAAAGCUCCAAGGGACUCUUGGAUAGUAAGGCUCCAAGGGACUCUUGAAUAGUAAGGCUCCAAGGGACUCUUGAUAGUAAGGCUCCAAGGAACUCUUGAUAAUAAGGCUCCAAGGAACUCUUGAACAGUAAGGCCCCAAGGGACUCUUGGAUAAUAAGGCUCCAAGGGACUCUUGGAUAGUAAGGCUCCAAGGGACUCUUGGAUAGUAAGGCUCCAAGGGACUCUUGGAUAAUAAGGCCCCAAGGGACUCUUGGAUAGUAAGGCUCCAAGGGACUCUAGCUAGUAAGACUCCAAGGGACUCUUGGAUAGUAAGGCUCCAAGGGACUCUAGCUAGUAAGGCUCCAAGGGACUCUAGCUAGUAAGACUCCAAGGGACUCUUGAAUAGUAGGGCUCCAAGGGACUCUUGGAUAAUAAGGCUCCAAGGGACUCUUGGAUAAUAAGGCUCCAAGGAACUCUUGUGUAAAUACCUCAUCCACGAAUACAUCAAGCAGGUCUCAAGGCGUAUGUGUAUAGAGCUCAAAAAGUACAAAUAUAAUAAAACUUUGAA